AUGAGUAAAAAACAAUUGGAUUUAAUGUUUUCCCAAUUGGUGCAAGAUAUGGAAGAAUUGACUGCAGAUCUUGCAUGUGAUGAUGAAAAAGAACAAACUGUUGAAAAUGAUGUAGAUUCAUCAUUAAAGGAUAAUCAAGAAGAAUCUUCCAAAUUAGUUCCUACCUUCAGGCAAAGGAGUGAUUCGACUUCUCACACAUACUCUACACCCAUUACAUCUACAAUACCCGCUAAAUCCUCUACUUCCACUACAUUCACCACAUCAUCCCCUUCUAGUUCUUCAUAUUCAAAAGUCACCGAAUCUUUAAGUAUGCAACCUUCAGGAUCUGAUGAUGUUUUAACAAAUCAAGUUAAAUCAUCUAUUUCCCCUCUUGAUAAUAAUUCAAAUUCACUUAAUAACAGCAUGUUAUUAAAAAUGAAUAAUUCAACUUUGGCAAAAAAUAUCUUUGAUUAUAAUAAUAAUUAUGAUUUUGAUUCAACUAAAAUUUCUCCUCUCAUAAUUCCUAAAGUACCUCUUCCUUCUUCAAAUAUUUCUCUUGAUAUUUUAAAACCAAAAUUUAAUCGUGUUCCAACUGGUCGUCGUCCUAUUAAAUAUCAAAACCUUUCUGAAGAAAUACCCGAAACUCCUACUCUAUCUCAAAAAGAGAAAUUUAGAACUUCUGAAAUAAAAAAUGUUGAUUCUGAAAAGUUUAAACAAAAAGAAUUUGAUGAUAAAUCUCUUAAUAAUUCUGGGUCAAGGUCAAAUUUAAGAGAAAAAGAUAAUGUACCAAUUGAACGAAUUCGUAAAGAUUCUAAAGUUAGUGAAUAUAUGUCUGAUGAUUCUAAAGAUACAAAUACCAGAUCUCCUUAUGCAAGAGUUGACCGAAUUCGUAAAGAUUCUAAAGCUAGUGAAUAUAUGUCUGAUGAUUCUAAAGAUCCAAAUAUGAGAUCUCCUUACGUAAGAGUUGAACGAAUACGUAAAGAUUCUAAAGCUAGUGAAUAUAUGUCUGAUGAUUCUAAAGAUCCAAAUAUGAGAUCUCCUUAUGUAAGAGUUGAACGAAUUCGUAAAGAUUCUAAGGCUAGUGAAUAUAUGUCUGAUGAUUCUAAAGAUAUAAAUAUGAGAUCUCCUUAUGCAAGAGUUGAACGAAUUCGUAAAGAUUCUAAAGCUAGUGAGUACGCAUCUGAUGAUUCUAAAGAUAUAAAUUCGAAAUCCGCUUAUACAAGAGUUGAACGAAUUCGUAAAGAUUCUAAAGCUAGUGAAUAUACGUCUGAUGAUUCUAAAGAUAUAAGAUCCCCUUACGUAAGAGAUGGUGAUAAAUCUAAUGAUUAUAGAGAGUUUUCCACUAGAACUAAUAGAAUCAGAGAAAGUGAAGAUGAUGAUAAUAAGCCAUUACGUGGUCGGGCUAGAUCGAAAACAAAUGAUUUCGAAGAACGUGGACGUGCUAAAUCUAGAGUUGAUUUUGAAGAACGUGGACGUGCUAAAUCUAAACCUCGUGAAACUGAUGAGAAGGAUCGUGCUAAAUCAAGAACUCGUGAAGUUGAUGAACGUGAUCGUGCAAAAUCAAGAACUCGUGAAGUUGAUGAACGUGGUCGUGCAAAAUCGAGAACUCGUGAACCUGACGAAAGGAGCCGUGCUGUAUCUAGAUCGAGAGAGUAUGAUGAAAUAGAAAAAUCUGAAAAGGCUGCCCGUAAUAAAGAAUAUGGGUUAUUAAUGGAAAAACAUUCUCGUCGUGAAAAGACCAAACAUGAAAAUGAAAAAGACGGUCUUAUUACAUCAGAAAUAAAAAUUUAUGUCGAACAUAUUCGUAGACAAAAAGAAAUCUCAAUAUCAUCCACCAUGACAGCUCUAGAUGUUUUAAAUUUCUUUCGCAAUAAUGAUGUAAUAUCGAAUGAUGAUGUUUGGGCUUUAUUUGAAAUAGCUACCGAUUUUCAUAUUGAUUGGGAAUGCCUAUCAAAAGCCAUGGGAACCUGGGAAUCUGAGAAAACUAACUUAUUUACUCUCAAAAAAUACUCGCACAGAAAUUCAUUAACAUUACAGGCCAGUGCUUUUGAUAAUGCUGUACCACCAAUGUUUGGUUGGUUACAUGUUGAAAUAAAGAAAAAUAAAUGGAAAAAACGGUAUUGCCAAGUAAAAGAUGGUGCUUUAUAUCAUAGCAAAGAUUCAAAGGGAACAAAUGAAGUUCUUCUUUGUUCAAUGAAUUCAUUUGAUGUGUAUACAUGUACACAAUUGAGAAGAAGGCAACCAACCAAAUUUGGUUUUGCAUUAAAAUCUCAAGAAAAAAUUUCUUUAUUUGAAAAUCCAGAUGAUUAUAUUCAUUUCUUGUGUGCAGAUAAUUCGGAGAAAAAUAAUGAUUGGGUUUUAAGUAUUAGAGCUGCAAAAAAUAAUCUAAUUCGUCAAGACAGACCUGAUCUAUUUGGUGUACCUGAUAAGAUAUCUUCGCAAACAAGCAUUGAUCCACCGUCAACAACUCCUAGCCCAAUUAUAGCGGAAACACCAUAUACUCAAUCUAGUCAAUGGGAUAAUUUACGUCGUCAUGUGCGCAGUCCUUCUAAAAAAACACCCCAAGGAUCGAGUGAUCACUCUACUAAUGAUUUUACACAAACAAAUUCUCCCGUAACACCUGGUCCAUUUAAAAGUGGUUCUCUAUUGAGUUUUGAUGAGAAAAAUCUACCUAUAAAACCUACCGAAGUUGAACAGCUUACUUUUGCAAAAGGUUCUCUACUAGCUUCAAAUGAUACAUUAUUUGAACAGGCAAAAGAACGUGAAAGAAUUCGUCGCGCAAAUGCUGGGAUCGGUAUUAUUAAAGAUCCAAAUGGAAAUACAUUUGUACAACUGGAUGAUACUGUAAAAUUCAACAAAGGAUCAUUAUUAAGUAAAAGUUAUAAUGAGACAAAUCAAUCGCCCACCGGAAAUUCAAUACAAAUAAAUACAAUUAGGUUUAACGAAGGUUCAUUAUUAGCGAAAAGUAAAGAACAAUCUCCUAGUGAAACUAGUCCUACGCGUACAGGUCUUUUAGUACAAAUAGAUGAAGGUGUACGUUAUAAUAAAGGUUCAUUAUUAGCGAAAAGUAAAGAGCAAUCUCCUAGUGAAACCAGUCCUACGCGCCCAGGUCUUUUAGUACAAAUAGAUUAUGGUGUUCAAUUUAAUAAAGGUUCAUUAUUAGCAAAAAGCAAAGAACAAUCUCCCGUUGAUUUUAGUCCAACGCAUAAAAAUUAUUUCUUACAAGCAGAUGAAGGUGUUCGUUUUAAUGAAGGAUCAUUAUUAGCAAAAGAACAAUCCGAUAAUCAUGAUGGAAUAAAUAGAAAAUUAUCAAGUGGUGGUCCGUUAUUAACGAUUGACACACCAAUAACGAGUUCUCGAAGUGUUUCACCAAAGACAACACCUAUAACUACAGGUAGAACAUUACUUGAAAUUGAUGCUAAACCUGAUACAAAACAUACAAUUUCUUUAAGAAAUGCGAACAUUCAACCAUUAUUAAGUUUUAUCCCUGGUGAAAAUCAACGUAAUAAUAAUAAUAAUGGAAACAGUUCCACAAAAUUAAGAUUUGAUGAAUCUGAAGAAGAUUCUGAAGAAGAUACUGACUAUAAUAGUAAUGACGAUGAUAGUGACUCAACUUGA